AUGGAACAUUAUUCUCAUCCUCUGGAUUUGCCAGUAUCAGAGAUGCAUAUGAAAUUGGUGGGUCAGGUCUCUAGCAAUCCCGAAUCUCAUCAUUUUUAUGCAUCAAUGCCUGUAACCGGUAAUACCAUGUUGGGUUCCUGUAUGACAACUAAUAACCAUGCGGGUCAUACUGAGUCUUCCGGUGGCAGUACGGGGUCGAAACAGAUUCAUAUGCCGGACAUGUCAGGUAAUUUAAAUGCGAGCAUGACAAACAACCUCGCUGGUGAGAAGACACCACUGCCGGUCAAACGGAAGGCUGAAGUGGUACCCCAGUUGAACAGCUCUAUUUCUCAGCAGUCAGUGUUGCCUAACAAGAGGCCAUCACACAUGGGGGCUAAUAACUCUGCUGGGUUUUUGCAGACAUCAGCACCUCAAAGGAAAACUGCGCAGACCCAGUCCAAGCCGGGUUCUCCCGCUAUACCGGCUCAGAAUUCGUCGAAUAAGAAAAUGUUACGGAAUGAUUCCACGUCUGGUAAAUCUGGCUUGCAGAGGGGCUCAUCUGCAAAAAAACAAUCUGCUCAAAUCGAGCCAGUAUCCAAGGCCCGCCCGGAGUCUGCAGAAGCUACAAGGUCCAAAAUGAGGGAGUCUCUAGCUGCUGCACUGGCCUUGGCAGUCAAGAAACAAGACAGUGUAUCAACGACUCAGAAUGAUCAGAGUGAGGCCGCUAUUACUCAUCAGCCCACGAAUGCUUCGGUUUCUGAGCGCGGUUUGGAUAUGGGAGGCCAUGUUCCUGUUUCUGGUUCUAGGGGUUCAAAAGAACCAGGACCAAAGGAAUCAGAUGUGCUAAACAACACCAAUGAGUCUCAGGUGUUCCCCUCUGAACUACCGCCCAACGUAAGUAAUGUGAAUAACGAACAGGGUUUCCAGGGGUUUCAGUAUGCUUCCAUUUUGCCUGAUGGGGAUAUCUCAUUUGGUGAUAAUUUCUUCGCUAAGGACGACCUCUUGCAAGGAAACGGACUUUCUUGGGCAUUUGAUUUUGAUGCACAGAUUGGAGAGGCAAAGGAAGCGCAGCCCGCCGAGAAGCCUGAGCCUAUUAAAGUUGAAUCUCAGGGCCAAGAAGAAAAAAAAUAUGUUCUGACACCAGAAAACUUGGCCUUUGAAAUUGAAGACGAACUCUUCAAGCUAUUUGGUGACGUGAACAAGAAGUACCGGGAGAAGGGCCGGUCUCUCUUGUUCAACCUCAAAGAUCGUAACAAUCCGGACCUGAGGGAAAGAGUGAUGUCCGGUGAGAUACCUCCCGAAAAACUGUGCUCAAUGUCGGCUGAGGAUCUUGCUUCAAAGGAGUUAUCACAGUGGCGUAUGGCCAAAGCUGAGGAGCUCGGCAAAAUGGUGGUUCUGCCAGAUACCGAGGUUGACAUAAGACGUCUGGUGAAGAAAACGCACAAGGGAGAGUAUCAAGUGGAGGUCGAGCACGAUGAUGGCAUUGCUGCAGAGGUCUCGAGCGGGACUUCUAUGUUAACACAAACUCACCCCCCUCCGAAAAAAGAGGCCGAACCUCAUUCUCCUUCAAAGGAGAGUAUUAGAGAUAAAGGCGAUGAUGAGGAUUUUUCUGGUAGUUUGAUUAUCCCGACUGAUGGAACUGACCUAAUGCAAGGAAUGAUGGUGGAUGAAUUGAAGGAUGCUGAACUUUUGCCUCCAAUUGUUUCGUUGGACGAGUUUAUGGAGUCCCUUAAUAAUGAACCCCCUUUUGAGAAUCUACCAGGGAAUGUGGCACAGAAGACCCCCAAGCCACAUGGAGAGAGCCCGAAACUUCGGAUAGAUUCUCAGGCUUUUGGUCGGGCUUCAGAGUCCCCUAGGGAUGCAUUGGUAAAAAAAGCUAGUGUUUUUAAGAAACAAGAUGGGACAGUGAAAUCUAGUGGGAGUCCCGCAGAACAGAAAGGUAGUCCUAUUGUUGUGCCGAAGGUUGAAUAUCUAUGGAAUGGUAUACUUCAGCUGAACAUAUCGUCCUCAGUCACUGUCGGUUGUCUAUUUCAAAGUGGUGAGAAGACAUCCACAAAGGAUUGGCCUGCCUCUCUUGAGAUCAAAGGCAGAGUUAGACUCGAUGCUUUUGGAAAAUUUCUUCAAGAACUUCCAAAUUCUCGAACUCGUGCAGUCAUGGUGCUCCAGUUUGUAUUGAAGGACACAUCAUCUACAACACAGCGUGCUAAUCUUUCUGAGGCUGUAGACUCGUAUGUUGCGGACGAGAGGCUGGGAUAUGCCGAACCUGCCCCUGGAGUCGAGCUCUAUCUAUGCCCUCCGACCCCAAGAAUAUUGGACACAUUGAAGAAGCUUAAUCUGAAGGAAAAUCCAGGGAGUGAUAAAAUCGUAGAAAACGGACUAGUUGGUGUAGUUGUAUGGAGACGGGCCCACGUCAGCAACACGACUGUAUCACCCAACUCGUCAUCACACCACAAGCAUGCACACGCUGCUUCCAAGAAGCAGCAGCCCUUUGCACGGGCCCAAGAUUUGUCUGUUGUCAAUGCCAACACUUCCACUAGAGCCCCUCAUCAUCACAUAACUAACAAUAACCCUGAAAAAGACGAGGAUGAUGAUAUCCCGCCUGGGUUUGGCCCGGGUGCCCCAGCCCGCUUGGUGGCAAAAGAUGACGAUGAUUUGCCCGAGUUCAAUUUUUCGGGUGAGCUGAGGGCAAAUGCGUCUAUUCACAAGGUUUCACCGAAUAAUAUGAACUUUGGGUCAACAAUUAGACAACGCCCGGUAGACCAAGUUAGGGAGCUGAUUAAAAAAUACGGGCAAAGUGAUACGAAUAAUGAAAUAAAUAGGAACCGUGUAACUAAUAAUAUGAACAUGGGCAUCGAGCCCUGGAAUGAUGAUGAGGACGAUGACAUUCCAGAAUGGCGGCCACAAGGGGCGUUGAAUCUUCAAUUUGGAGUGGAAAAGUAA